AAAUAGUUUUGACGAUUUCAUCUUUUGUACCGACGAGACCACAAAAAUCCAGAGCCUUCUUUCUUCUUCUAACAGAUUUCUAGAAUCUUCUCCCACACGCUACAAAUUCAGAAAUUCAACGAAAUAAAAUUUCAAAAGCUGUAAAGGAUCUGUACAACGAAUCGGUUGAAGAAACUUUCUGAUCAGCAGAGGAAUAAGCAAAGGUAAAUUUGUGAGUGCGCUAUGGAGGACUGUUACGAAGCGAGCUUUAAUCACUUGUUCAACUUUCCGGAGGACGAGGUUUUGGAGAAAUUAUUAAAUUCCCGCUCGUAUGAACGUCUGUUAAACCCUCGGUCAUAUGAAUAUGGCAAAGGCAUGGCGUCUGCGCCUGUGGACAUCAAACAAACGCCGAAAGACUAUACUUUUCUUGUCGACGUUCCAGGGCUCACUAAAUCCGACAUUCAGGUCCAAGUGGAGAACGGGAAACUUUUGGUCAUAAAAUGUGCUGGUAAGCGGAAACGCGAUGACGAAGGUGAAGAGGAGUGUAAACUGCUGCGAGUAGAGAGAAAGGUGAAUCACAGGUUUACCAGGAAAUUUACGUUACCUGGCGACGCUAAAGCUGACGGCAUUUCGGCUACCUGCGUGGACGGAGUUCUGUCUGUUACUGUGCCUAGGAUUGUGCCUGAGAAGCCAAAGACAAUUGAGAUUUCCGUUGCCUGAACGAGGGUUUCUGUCAAUUAACAGUCAUUGGUGUCUCUCUAUUUGUAAAGGAAAGUGCAGGGAGAAGCGAAAUUGCUUGUUUUUUGAAGAUGAAUUUAAGCUUUUCAGAUGUUUUUGUAGGCGAUGCCAAAAAAAAUUUGCAUUCGAGGGGAAUUUGACAAUGAUUAACUUUGAGUUUAUUGAGUAAGGUAACGCUUUAAAGAGAGUCUUUUGUGUAUUUACCGAGAAUAUGCAUAAAAGCAACAGUAUAUUUUGUAUUUUCCUAAAUUAACGAAAGAUUUAAAAUGACAGUUGAAAAGCAAUAUUUUGUUUGGGUAAA